UGAAUUUCCUUUUGCUUUAGCCUUUAGCCCAUGGAUAGAGUUUCCCGGAAAGUUCAAGGUCAUUGGAUUGCGUUUGUUGUUUUCCAGUGAGCUUCCUUGGGAGCUUCCUUCCUUUAUUGCCUUUGCAUAUAAGUAAUUGAAAAUUGAAACCAGAUCCCCAUUUGCAAUCAAUCAGAAACAGACCCAGAUCACCGCCAUGGCCGGAGUGCUGCCCGGAGUUGAGAUGCCCCGCCGGAUGAGGGCUAGGACCUCCGAUUGCCACCGCCUUCCUCCUGACCACAGCCACCGCCACCACUCUUCUUACGGGUCCUGGCUCGAACCAUCCACGGCCACCGACGCCACCAUGGAUGGAGCUGCUCUGAGAGCCCGCCAAAGGCUGGAAGAGAAACUUGGCCACUUCCGCCCCACUUCAAGAGAUCGAGGGGAUGACGUCAGAGGCAGCAGAGCAAAAGAGAGUCAAUUUUCAAGAAAACUACUGCCGCUGGGGCUCAGAGGAUGGCAGAGCAACCCAAGCAAAUCAAAAGGGCAGCUUUGUGCAGUGUGCUUGGAAGAUUUUGGGGCAAAGCCACAGCAAGAAGUGAUGAAUCUGCCAUGCUCACAAAAGUACCACUCCAAAUGCCUUCUCCCAUGGCUGGCCGCUCACCCAAAUUGCCCCAGCUGUAGAACCCCCGUCUCGUCUUCCUAGUUAGCCUCCACCUGAUCAUGAUCUUAGCCUCCUUCAACAUGCAACAUAUAUAUUAUGUGUUUGUUGUAAUAUAAAUUGUAACUGCUGUUGUCUGAAUACACCAAGAAUUUACUUGUCAAAAAAUUCAUUUUUAAGUUGUUAGAAUUCUAUAACAAAAAAUUCUAGAGGGUGUGUGGCUGUAAAUAAUUUGAUGCUUACAU